CGUCGCGGCGCGUCGCCUCGCUGGGGCCGGGCCGGAGCCGGGGGCGGUGGAGGCCUGGCCGCGCCGGGCAGUAUGAUCGGCACCGUGCUCUGCUACGUGCUGCUGCCGGCGGCGCGGCUCCUCCGGGCCCUGCGAGAUGCUUUCUUUACCUGUCGAAAGAAUGUGCUUCUGGCGAAGAGCACGUCCACCCAGAUAGAAGGCAUCUUUGCUGCGACCAGAGGAAAGUCGGUCCCAGAAGAGCAAGAAGCCCUUCUCCAACAGUGGCUGGAGGAAGGAGCAGGGAAUUUGUCAGCCAGUGAGAGUGCUCCAGCAGUGGGGAAAGCAUCAGUUACACUCACUAGUGACUGGUUAGAAGGUUCAGAGCUAUUGAUGACUAGCCUCAGCGACCUGAAUUCGGCUCCAGAAGUCACCUGGUGUGCUGAUCAGCAGCUCUCAGAGCCACACGCCUUGGCUUCUUCAGAACCGCAAGAUCAUGAAGUGACUGAACUGGCAAAAUUACCAGCUGAGGAAACAGUGGCUGUAGCAGGCAGUGCCCCUUGGGCAGCUGUGGUGCCACAGACGGAUCAUCAGAUAGCUGGCUGUGCCACUAUCAAUGUAGAAGUGCAGAAUGAAGACCCAGCUGUGCUGGCCUGGAGCUUAGCGCAUGGUGCAGAGACAGUGCCAACGGAGCCCCCAGCCUGGCCCAUUCAGGAUACGGUACAAUUUUGUCCGCUCCCAGCAGAGGUACCCUACCAUGAGAUUUUAUGGAGAGACUGGGAGGAUCUUUCUGUCCAACCCUGUGUGCUAGAGCAGGUCUUGAGAAACACUCCUCUCUUUGAAUUUCGAGUCAUGUCUUACAACAUACUUGCCCAGGACCUGGUGGAACAGGGCCUUGAUCUGUAUCUACACUGCCAUCCAGACAUCCUGAACUGGAACUACCGCCUUCCAAACCUUUUGCAGGAGAUCCAGCACUGGGAUCCUGAUGUUCUGUGUCUCCAGGAGGUGCAAGAGAACCAUUACUGGGAGCAGCUGGAACCGACAUUCAAGGAGAUGGGCUUUGCAUGCUUCUAUAAACGGAGAACUGGGACGAAGACAGAUGGCUGUGCAGUGUGCUAUAAGCACAGCAGGUUCCAGCUGAUCAGCCUCAGCCCCAUAGAAUACUUCCGGCCUGGCCUGGACAUCCUCAAUCGGGAUAAUGUGGGCUUGGUGCUGCUGCUACAGCCUCUGCUCCCAGAGGGCCUAGAUCUGAAGGCAGUCAGUCCGUUGUGUGUGGCCAACACUCAUGUAUUGUUCAAUCCCCGGCGGGGAGAUAUCAAACUGGCCCAGAUGGCCUUGCUCUUAGCAGAGAUUGACAAGAUUGCAAAAACUACUGAAGGCAGCUACUAUCCUGUCAUCUUGUGUGGAGACCUGAACUCUGUACCUGAUUCUCCACUCUACAAAUUCAUCCGGAACGGUGAACUUUCCUAUCAUGGGAUGCCAGCCUGGAAGGUGUCUGGUCAGGAAGACUUUUCCCAGCAGUUGUAUUCACGGAAACUGCUGGCCCCACUGUGGCCGAGCUCGCUGGGUAUAACGGACAACUGCCAAUAUGUCACUCUGUGCCAGCCAAAGAAAUCAGGCAGACGUAAGUACAGCAGGGACUUCCUGCUCCAGUUUCAUUUUUGCGAUGUUGCCUGUGAACGACCACCGCAGCUGGUCCUCUUGGAAGGUGUGACAGAUGCUAAACCAGACCGCCCUGCACAUUGGCCCAAGCCUGCUGCCAUGGUGAAAGACCCUGAUCCCCAGCCAUUUGUCCCAAGGUCUUCAGGCAUUAUCCAGCAUGGCCUCAACCUGACCUCUGUCUACAGCCACUUCCUGCCACAGAGGGGACGCCCAGAGGUCACAACGAUGCCCAUGGGGCUUGGAGCCACUGUUGAUUAUAUCUUCUACUCAGCAGAACCCGUGGAGAAUGGGAGCAGGGGCGGUCGCAGGCUGUACCGGGAUGGAGCUUUGAAGCUGCUUGGCCGCCUUUCCCUUCUCUCUGAAGAUGUCCUGUUGCUGGCAAAUGGCUUACCAAAUCCUUUUUGUUCAUCUGAUCAUCUCUGCCUGCUGGCUAGCUUUGGCUUGGAGAUCUCCAGCCUCAAGGAGGGAUGCCAAUGAAAGGGGGAGAUCUUUCUCCAGCUGAGGUGCAACACAGAUAUAGCAACAAUCACAGGAGUUCACAUGCAAAUGUUUCAGUAUGGCACAAGGUUAAGUGAAACGAUCACCAGUUCCUCUUUACUUCG